AAACUUCUAUAUAAGGGUAAGCAAAGCUGCGAGCCUGAGAAAAGAGAGAGAAGCAAAACACUCCAGCUGCGGCUCUGAGAAACCCUUUGAAACCCUUUUGGGAUUUUGAAAAAGUUUAGAUUCACAGAGACUGGCUUGGUCGGUAGGGAAUGCAGAGAGAUGGUAGGAGCUUCGGUGACAAAGCCUGAGUUGUGUUUGCGGGGAAAGCGGUGCAUCGGCGGCAGAACCUGCCACCGGAAACACGUGGAAGACGGGUGAUCGUCCGGUCAUCCUCUUCUUCUCUGAAUAUUCUUCAGUUUUAUUGUAGAGCUUCAAUCUCAGGCGACUACUCUGUAAAUUUACGUACCCAAGUUUGGGAAUUUUUAAUUUGUUUGUUUGAUUUAGUAAUUUUUGUGUGAGUGAAAGUAGCCAGCUGCAAUGGGUGAUAAGAACAGAGAUGGCAAUUCGGCGGUUCUCCACGGCAAGUACGAGCUUGGUCGGCUUCUGGGUCAUGGUACUUUCGCCAAAGUCUACCAUGCCAGGAACUUUCAGACUGGGCAGAGCAUGGCUAUGAAGGUUGUGGGGAAAGAGAAAGUGAUAAAGGCCGGGAUGAUGGAGCAGGUCAAGAGGGAGAUCUCGGUGAUGAAAAUGGUGAAGCACCCGAACAUAGUUGCGCUCCACGAGGUGAUGGCCAACAAAUCCAAGAUCUACUUUGCGAUGGAGCUUGUCCGGGGCGGCGAGCUUUUCUCUAAGAUCUCCAAAGGCCGGCUGAAAGAGGACCUGGCCAGAGUCUAUUUCCAGCAACUCAUCUCCGCCAUCGACUUCUGCCACAGCCGCGGCGUCUACCACAGGGAUCUCAAGCCGGAAAACCUGCUUUUGGACGAGGAUGGUAAUCUCAAAGUCACCGAUUUCGGGCUCAGCGCCUUCUCGGAGCACUUGAAGCAAGAUGGGCUCUUGCACACCACUUGCGGUACGCCGGCAUAUGUCGCACCGGAGGUGAUUGGUAAGAAAGGCUAUGACGGUGCCAAAGCCGACAUCUGGUCCUGCGGUGUCAUUCUCUAUGUCCUCCUCGCCGGCUUCCUGCCAUUCCAGGACGACAAUAUCGUAGCCAUGUACCGGAAGAUUUACCGUGGAGACUUCAAGUGCCCGCCAUGGUUCUCCUCCGAAGCGCGUAGACUCGUCACGAAGCUUCUGGACCCGAACCCCAGUACCCGAAUUACGAUCUCAAAGAUCAUGGAUUGUUCCUGGUUCAAGAAGUCGGUCCCCAAGAGCAUGAAAACGAGUAACAAGGAGGACCAGCUGGAAUUCGAGGACACCAUUUGCGAGAAAUCAGGCAAAGAAACCGAGUCCCUGAACGCGUUCCACAUCAUAUCUUUGUCAGAAGGGUUCGACUUGUCGCCACUGUUCGAGGAGAAGAAGAGGGAGGAGAAGGAAGAGCUUAGGUUCGCAACGACGAGGCCGGCGAGCAGUGUGAUAUCGAAGCUGGAAGAGGUGGCGGCCAAGGACGGCAAGUUCAGUGUAAAGAAGAGCGAGUCCAGGGUCAGGCUGCAAGGCCACGAGAGCGGGCGUAAAGGGAAGCUGGCCAUAGCGGCGGAGAUCUUCGCCAUCACGCCAUCGUUUCUAGUCGUGGAGGUGAAGAAGGACAACGGUGAUACCCUGGAGUACAACCAGUUCUGCAGCAAGGAACUCCGGCCGGCGCUCAAGGACAUCGUCUGGACCUCUCCUGCAAAAAGCUCUGCACUCGCAUAAUUAAUAAACGUGACAUGCAUGCAUGUCGGGUGAUUCUUGUUUAGACCAUUGUUGACGAUGUUGCUGCUGCUAUUGCACAUUAUUAUUGCUUUCAAUUACGUUGAAAAUCGAAAGACUUAAAUCCAUAUGUAGAUUAAUGUUUGUUGUGAUGGGUUUGGAUCACGAGAAAAUUAAGGUGAGUGACUCCCCCUCCCUGUGAACAGAAUCCCGAGUUGCUUUCGAUUCAUCUAUGCUGAUGUGUGCAUGUUUGUUUGAGAGUGUUCAAUUGGAUUGGCGUUGGUUUCUUCUCA